UUCUCUGGUAACCUUAGAAAAACUCUCACUGCAGUACAUGGAAUAUAAUAAAUCCCAAAUCUGGGAACAUUACUCAAACUCUAUUUACGGCUACUCAACAUGGAACGAGCGAGUGAUCUUCUUCUUGGGGUUUCAAUGUUGGUGGAACCAACCAAAACAAAAAUAAUUGAUUGUGCCCAUUCGGCAAUAGAAGAAUUAUGCAAGAUGUGUGUUUCAGGGGAAUCUUUAUGGAAUCAACACAAAGAUCACAAAUACCAAAUUAUCAAUGAUAUUGAAUAUUUGACACAAUUUGGUCAUGCUGAUGCAACUUUAAGGGAGAUUAUUAAAUUAGUUGAGGUUGGAGAAACUCAAAUUUUACCUAGUUUUGAUUCCUGUGAAACUAAUCCCAAUUUUAUGCCGAGAGGAGACUGUGACGAUGCUUUGCAGAUUGAAGCUUCACGAGAUAUGGCAUGUGUUAAUAUUACUCCAAUUAAACUUGUAGAAUUACUAAUGAACGUGAAUGAAUGGUCGACAACAUUUUAUAAUGUUGUAUCAAAGGCAACUCUUUUAGGUAGUUUUUCAGAUGGAGUGGAAGAAAGCUUCGAUGGAAAAUUGAAUGUGAUGAGUGCAGAAUUUCAUUUGCCUAGUCCUGCUGUACCAACUCGGGAGUGUUAUUUUGCAAGGUACUGCAAGCAACUUUCUCAUGACAAUUGGGCUGUCGUUGAUGUAUCUUUGGAGAACAUUUUUUCAUCUCCCUCAAACAAUCUUCGAAGAAGACCUUCAGGCUGUAUGAUUAUAGGAAUGCCUCCUAAUGAUUAUUCCCAGGUUAUAUGGGUGGAGCAUAUGGAAGUAGACCAUAGCCAAUUGAAUGAUCUUUUCAAGCCGUUAGUAACCUCUGGUUUGGCUUUUGGUGCAACCCGUUGGCUUUCUUCCAUUAUUCGCCACAUUGAGUGGUCUCAAGCACUCAAUUCUACAAAAUUGGUUGCAGAUCAUCGAGUUCUUAUACCUCAAACUGGGAGGACAAGUUUCUUGAGACUAGCAGAUAGAAUGAUGAGAAGUUUUUGUGCCAAUCUUACUGCUAGCAAUCCAUGGAUGCGAUUAGCUCCUUUUCGUGGUUCAACAGAUGUAAGAGUUAUGAUUAAUAAUAAUAUGAAUGGUACUACAAAUAAGCCUCUUGGAACAACAGUGGUUUUUUGUACUACUAUUUGGCUUAAUGUCUCCCCAAAUCGAUUAUUCAACUUCCUUCGUCACGAGAAAUCAAGAAACAAGUGGGAUACACUUUCACGAAAACUUUCCAUUCGAGAAGUUGCAUACAUGAUCACCGGUGAACAUCUAGAAAACCGUGUUUCCUUGUUGCAAGCAAGUACCUCUAAGGGCAAGACUGAAAUAUUUUACAUACAAGAGAGUUAUGCAGACACAACAAUUUCCUAUGUGACUUAUGCUCCACUAGAUGAAUCAGCAGUGGCAUAUCUUGCAAAAGGAUCAAAUCCAGAUAAUGUGAUUGUUUUUCCAUCGGGUUUUGCUAUUAUCCCCGGUGGGUUACCAAAAGAUGGUGAUGAUCAAGGAAAAAAUAAAAGCAACAAUGAAAGUCUUCUAACAAUUUCAUUUCAUCUCAUUGAUAAAACCAACAAUUCUUCAUCUAUAUCCCCUGACUCAGUUGAAACUAUCUAUGGGAUUAUUACUGAAACUGUUACUUCCAUAAAGGAUUCAAUAUUGUAUCAUAGUCGUCUCAAUAAUUGGGUGCUAGAUUAAUUAAUUAGAAAA